CGAACUGACGUCACAAGAUGAUAAUUACCCAUAUUUGGAUCUGAUCCAAUGCCGUCCCCCACCCACAGCCUUUGGAGUUUCUAGGGCCGGGCUAGUGAACGUACUACAUUGAGGCUCGGCGUUUCUGGACUUGAUAUUGAUAUUGAUAUACUAGUAUACAUGUAAGUCGGUGGCAGUGUCUGGGAGAGAGGAUAUCUGCUCCCACCAAGCCUGUGUUAGGGAGAGGCCAUCGAUCUUUGCCAAUACCACCAGUAAGCCAAGGCCAAGGCAGAACUAUAGUCUUUCGGGAGGGUCAGAGUAAAUAAUGAGUUCCGGCAAAAUGACCACACCCGCCCAUGCACCUCUGACCCAGGGUGAAUUGGAGCUCUACCGCGUGCUACAUCGGGCCAAUCUACUACAAUACUACGAUACGUUUAUUAGCCAGGGCGGAGAUGAUGUCCAACAACUCUGCGAGGCCGGAGAGGAAGAAUUCCUCGAAAUCAUGGCGCUGGUCGGCAUGGCAGCAAAACCACUCCAUGUGCGGCGGCUACAGAAGGCACUGCAGGAAUGGGUGGCAAAUCCUGCGUUAUUUGCUCAAAUGAUACCAAGCUCCAGCUCGUCAUCUGUGACAAGUACCCCCUCCACAGGCCCGAAGGGCCAGGGCCUCAUCACAGUAACCACCACUCCAGCCCAGCAGACAUCAACGUCAACAAACACUGCCUCCACGCUGUCGCCGGGCACAGGGAGUUCAGGGACUGUGACAGCGCAAACGUGGAUGCCGAUGUCAUCGUCAAGCGAUUCAAAAGGGUUCACAGCGAUUUCGGCGACUUCUAGUAAUGGUGGUGGAAGUAUAAAAGAUGAGUUGAUUGAAAAACCCUCAUCGCCCAUGCCACAGAUUGCUCUGAUGGACAACCAACUCCUCUCCAUUGAGGAGUGCGCCAGGGAACUCGUAAAAACAUUGCCACCGUACUCGCCUAAACCUCUGAGUAUGAAGAAGCAAAUAAACCAAGAUAUCAUGAAUGUAAUAAGCAUUGAUUACGACGACCCCAUGCGUAUGGACGAGAUUAGGAAAUACUCGGCCAUCUAUGGGCGAUUUGAUUCAAAAAGGAAAAAUUUGAAACCGAUGUCGUUACAUGAGAUAUGUGUAAAUGAGGCAGCGGCGCAGAUUUGUCGGUACAUUCCAAACCUCCUGACGCGGCGAGACGAACUCUUCCCUUUGGCUCGUCAAGUUGUUCGAGACAGUGGGUACCAAUACUCAAAAGGUCAUUCCAGGACGUGCGACACCCUGCCGGGGACAGGUGGCGCUGUGAAGAAGUCUACUACACCCCUCCUACCUCUGACGCCAGGCCAGAUUGCCAAGAUGGGGCCGGAUGAAUUGGACAAAGCUCAGGUGCGUUUAUUGGCAGAACGAAUGGCAGAACUCACGCAAGACUUGGCGGCCAUCUUACAACAGCAGGAAUUAGUCAAAUCAAAGAUGACGGAGGCGAAGGAAGAAUCAAAUCUUAGUCUUGUUCGUGACCUCCAGGGGGAGCUAGAGUUGCUGACAGCGAAACAGCUGCAGCUUUUGGCGGAACAGAGUCAGAUUAUUAAAACUCAGCGACGGUCUGAUCGUUAUUACACCUUAAGGGGGGCCAAUGAAAACGGAGAUGGAACAGAUUCCAUGCACAGUGGAGCGUCCUCGCCACAAAGUAGCUGUAUCAGUGAGGAAACAGAUUACAAACAGUCAGACUUUUACACAUCACCGCCGAAAAAAAAUGCUGCAAAAACGAAAAUCUUCGUCCAAAAAUCUUUAUUUGACGAAGGUCUGAGAAUAGCGCAGCAGUACGGCAUGGCGGAUUUUGCAGAGGAAAUUGUGGAUAUGAAAUCGGUGAAAAAGGAAAAUGAGGACGAGGUUGAUUGUGAUGAUGAGGAAGUUGAUAGUUAUAAUAAUGAUUUCCGACCUGUGAGGGUUAAAAAGGAGAGCUCUGAUGAUGAAGGGGAGAAGAUGCAACAUCGCUACGGUGAUCAGAAUGGACAGGGUUUGAAUUUGAAGCGAAGUUUGGACAAUGACGAUGGCAACAUUUACAAUUCUCAUAAAUAUUCUUGCGGAGUUCACGGAUUAAAAGUCGAAAAAUUGAAAGUACCGCUGCAUGCAAAUAGCGGAGAUGAAAGUUUGUACCAGUCAGAGGAGUCAUGUGACAGUCGGGUAGAUAUAGAAGUGGGCCCUAAUCGGCCGUUAGAUAAUGACUAUUCUACGGGUGCUAAUAACAACCUAAAAUCAGAAGUCAGUUUACAGGGCGGCCAUCUUGUAAAUAAUGGGCAAUGAUCCUGAAUAGUCGACAUUAUAUAAGUGAAUAUUUGACGCAAAUAUGUUUCUUGUCGCAACGUGCUAUUAUAAUUUGUGGUUUGAUUGAAGUUUUCUUGGCAUAAGUACUCAUCGAUAUAAAAACCAUGGCCUAUAAAAACCCUAUUGAAAGGAUUUACUUGAUACAAUUUGUGUGAAACAAUCAUGGCCUAAAAAAGUCAUACCACCAUAAACUAGAAGUUUAAGGAAUAUGUUUGAGGAAAGAUCGAUGCAAAAAUGUGCUGUUGUAAUUAGGUAAAAAUCCAUUGGAAAAGAGGUAUCGUUUUCUGAUCUGGCAAAUGUAUGAAAAGUAUUGAUCACUAAAAAUUGCUAAGAUUUUUAAGGCCAGUGUUAUUUUUAACAAAUUUUAUUUACCCUUUUAACAUGCCCAUUUUUCGUAACGCCCUGCUCUUUGUGGUAUGUUGGGGCUUUGGAAGCAAAUUAUCCUGUGAUAAGGCUUUUAAUGAAUUAUUGAAUAGGCCUACUUUUUCCAUGAGUCAUGAAAUGGAAUUCUAGGGUAGAAAUUUCUGUUUUUCACCUUUCUUUCAAUUUCUGUUUUCAACCAAUCCUUUCCUGAAGGAAACUUAUGACACGCGAGGUAGCAAUUUCAAUUCUACACUGUGCAUUGCAUUUUGUUGUGGUGAUGCUGUGUUGUUUUUUUUUAGUCAUUUUGAUUGGAUGAUUUUUUCAUUAGUUGCUAUGGAUACCAGUUGUUUGAUCCCCAUUUUGUAAUGAGGAAUGCUUGAUGGGUGUGUGGAUAAUUGUGGUUAAUUUUAAAGGCCUACAUCGUUCGUUGAAAAAUUUAAAUUUGUAAUUGAAUGGCACUUAUAGUCGAAUACAGGUAAAUAAUAAAUACUGUGAAUGGAUGACGUUGGGAUUUGAUAUUGCGGAUCGGUAGACUGUUGUCUUGUGUAAGUAUUUGCAGGUUUCUCAAAGCCAUCAUCAUCACAUCUACAAGGUUUUGAUACAACAGUUAAUGCAUGUACAGUGGUUUUUAUAGUCCUCAUUCCUUGACCAUGCACAGCACAUUGGGUUCAAUCAAUGCCAAGCAGCUCAACACUGAUGCAAAACAUUUUUUUCAGUUGAGCAUAAUAGUGGGUUUCUUGCACUAUCAUAAACAACCAGUGCAGUGUAUAAAAAUGUCUCGACCCACAAUUCUUCUAACAUUGUGUGUUUUCCAUCUUGUCCCAAUAUUGCUGGAUUUACAACACAAACCUUGCAAAAAAUGAUGCCAGGGACAAUGUUCUUGCCAGUUCCAAUAUUGCGAGGAGACAUCCUCGGUUUGCCACGGUGUAAAGUGAUAUUUCCCAUUGGUUUCUUGCACAUUUUUUUAGUUCUGCGGGUCUCCACAGCUAGAACACAUUAUAAAAACGAUAGCUUCCUCCAAAACUUGAUUGGAACAUGCCACCACAAAGUCUGGGAAUUUUUUCCGGAGGUAAACAAGCAUCCUGGCCUUGUGGUGUCAACAAUAGGAAUGGAAUCAGGACAGAAAGUCAAUAUGCUCCAGUUUGAAAAAACUUUUUUGUUGCAACCUUAGGCGAGAUAAUUCAUGUUCACAAAGCAUGAAAGUUUGAGUAUUGCAAAAAUGGUAAUAUUUCAUCUUCUCUGUUAUUCAUUCGGUAUUGUGGGAUCUGAUCCUGUUGCUAAAUUUGGAAAGAAGUUUCCCCUUGUCGUUUCAAAGGUGCAGUGAGUCCGUUAGAAAUGUAAUAAUGACAAACUUAUCGCUCCGCCUUCUCAUAAAUACCAAUGAUUGCCAUCUAUCAUUUCAUUUUCAAUUGGUUAGGUGUAUAGUUCUAUUUUCCCCUUGCAAAGGGCCUUUGAAAUAUACACCUCGGCAGAAGUAAACAAAAACUUUGAGACUUUGCAUCUGGUUAAGAAUGCGCAUGCAUAAAGUAUACCUUGGUUAUUGCUUGGUUUCCUUGGUUACUAAUCAGUGAGCAUGCAUAACCAGAUGAAAAGUCGGGCAGUUUUGUAGUGACUUCUGCUGACCGCAGUGCACUCCAUGCAAAAAUCCGACGAUGGGUUAGUUGGGAUGACAAUGUAAAGUUUUGUAUCAUAUUUACUUUAAGAAAUAAUCUUUGCAAAGUUUUCAACUUAAUUUCAUGUAAGGUUUUCAAAUUUUCCUCCAAUAUCAAGUUUUAAUACCCUUAAAACCUUAAGUCUUUUGAACUAAAUCUCUGUAUUUGCCUACCCAAAGAAACGACUCAAAUAAGAUAAUGUUCAAUUUUAAGUUUCAACUCUUCUAAAUAAUCUUCAGAAAUCUUACAUGAGAAAAUUAAUACAAGACGAAUUUUUAAUUAUGCUAUAUCUGCCACUUGUCUUCAGCAAUUUAAUAGUUUUAAAGUGAAUGUGACAAAAUUGAACUUAAACUUAAAACAGCAGGGCUCAGUACUAUUUGUGUUGGCUUAAGAAUUUUCAAGCAUUUUGAAAUGUUUUCCGAUAUCCAGCGUUGCCUUAGAACUUAAAAACCACCACAGCUUACCUUCAAGAUUAAGUAAAUCUGGCUGGGCGCUUUCACCACUGUACAUCAAGUAUAAAAUUAAUUGAUAGGUCAAACUGAAAGUAAAUGACUUAUUUGGGACAAAAUUCAGUGUCCUUGAUACAGAGGGUGUCCGUGGUAGAGGUGUCCGCUGAGGGAAGUUCCAUUGUAGUUGGUAUACAAAAUGUGAGUGGCCUUUAAUGGAUAGAUGGUUGUCAGUUUGAUGCAACCGAAGCAUUGCUCCAUGCCUCAGGUUCAGCUAAUGAACACAAGUGAUGGAGAGAAACAACUCUUUAACAGACCAGGUUUCCUCGACAUGUCUCUGGAGGCUUGGGUUUCCUCCUCCGUGUUCCGACAGAUUUUCCAAUAACCAAGAAAUACCAAAGCCAAUAGUGUUAUCGUUGACACUUGGGCCUCGAUUUGGUCUUUGUGUAAGUUUUUUGUGUAAGUGGCUAUAGAUGAACCUCCCAGGAAUGAGUGUUGUUUCAAAUCACUUGGUGAAUUGUAGAGUGCAGUCACAUUCGAUGACCCAACGAAUGUUCCAUGUUCCAACUUCCAAUAAGUCCUCGAAGGAGUAUAGCCUACUAAGCCACUUAUUUUUGUCUAACUUAACAUUAUGUUCAAAUCUGACUUAACUUUUAUUCUUGAGUUUUACAAGUUUGAAAACUAGAGAGAUGGAAUAAAAGUCUUCCAAUAUUACAACUGAAUCAUUUUUCUCCAAGCUAUGAAAAAAGUGAUGUUCCUCAUUGUGGUCUGCAAAUCCAUUUUCUGAUUAAAACCCUACCUCGUUCCCUUGUUCCUCCGACACACAAGCCAAUCCUUGUCCCCUGAAAAAAGCAUGCCUAUCUUGUAGCCCCGGAAGGUGCAUUGACGUCGUUCGAAAGUUUUACACUGCAGAAAAAUAAACAGCUGAAGGAGCUCGUGGUAGAAAAAUAAGAAAAGAAACGAUACUUUCAAAAUUUGCGGGGAUUAAACCGUGGAGAUUUUUUCCACUGCGCCAGUUUGUCAGGACAAGGCUUCCUGUUGGUAGAGAGGAUUACGGCCGCUGAUUUCAGUUUUUGUUUUGAAAACCUUGAAAAUUCUUUUGUGCGAGUUACGAUUGUGAAAUGCGAUAUAUUUGGUCAGUGUUUUUAUCCGGCUUGGUCUGGCUUAAAGUGUCAGCAUCUGUUGAAGUGGUCCCAUAAAUUUGCUGGAAAAGUUCUGUUGAAAUGGCGGAAAUCUUUUUCAUUGUUUUAAUAUAAUCCACUUUGCAUGAACAAAUAAUUAUUAUCUAGGUCACAUCAUAAAAUGCCUCCGAUGUUUUUUUUACUAUGUUAGCUGCAUUUGAUGGAAAAAUCUUGUAAAUAAGUCUUAAAGUCUUUAGACCAUAAUUAAUUUCAUGUUAUUUGUUUGUGUUCUGGACAUCUUUAUGACCAUAUCGUUGAUUAUUCUUAUCGAAUAUCUAUUUAACACUAAAUUCACCCAAAGUUAUAUCCAAUAAACCGUUCCAAAGAAAAGAAGCUAUUUGGUGUAAUGUCGAAAAUGUUCACACUAUUUAUCAUCUUUAAGCUUUUUUUGGUGGAAAAUUCUGUGUACAGAUAUUGCCAUAUUGGUAACCAUUACAAAGGAAUGGCAGCCCAACAGUCAAAUGAAUGAGGAUGAAUUCAACAAUCCUAUAAAACCACAGUGAAAAUAUCACUUAAGGCUUGAUGGAAGCUAAACUAAAAAUUAUGUAUGACCGGUGAAAAAAGGAUAAUUCUCGAUGCAUCUUUUAGUUUUGGAAAUUUGACAAAGAGGUUGAUGGACUUAGUAUCAGGUACUUGUACUUGUCCGCCAUAUUGUAGGGAGGGUAAAUUUCUCUGACAGUGAACUCCUCCUGCCUUACUACAAUUUUUCAAUACAUAAUGCUUUCAGAAAGUCAUGUUAUUGUCUUUUUCAAAGUGGCUAUUCGAAGUUGUCGAGCGGUGUAUGUGAAAAAUAUAAGACAGGCUAUUGAUGUGUUGAAAAAGUUUACAAAUCACCGAACACAAUGAAAAAUAAAUGGAAAAUUCUUAUGGAUAACUUUGUGACUCAAGAAUGACCAAAAUAGGGCUAAUGUAUGUUUGGUAUGCAGAAUGAUCAAAGAUUUUUGGAAUUUCAAGUUACAAUGUUUUUGAUCGCUUUGAACAAAACCAGAUGAACUUAUCUUUUCACCUGAGCAAGUGUAAGAAAUCGCCCUCUUCCAUAUCAUGAGUUGCCCCGAAAUAAUAAUCAACUUUAUGCAGCCAACUUGACAAAAACAUCCAGCUAUCGUCCACGUUGUUUAAUUGGGCAUUCUCUCUAAAGAACGUUACGUCUUUCUCUGUAGAACAACCGUCAAAAAUCUUCGCUUUUCAAAAAAAUUCCAGAACUCACAUCAAAGACAACAAUGACUCAUCCUAGUUUAGCCACAUGCUCAGCGCACGGACUGAAGUCGUGUUUUUUCCACAGACUACCCUUUUAUUUCACCGUCGAUAAAAAUACGAAGUUAUCUGUUACAAAACAGAUCCCUCCUUUGCCAACGUUUUUCGUCGUUACGUCGUUGAGUGUAAGUAGCCGGAUCGUUUGAGGUGCCUGGGACGAUCGCAAAGUUUUUCCAGCCUUUCUCUUCAAGAGAGUUCCGAGCCAGUGUGUGUCGUUUUCUCCGGUGCGAUGGUAUUGUCAGGGUACCCUGCUGAGUAAGAUAUUUGUGUGUGCCUUUGGUGAGGUGACCUUUGUGGACACUGGUAUUUCGCAUUAUCAGAACGUAACCUUUCCCUGCUUUCUGCGGAAGGGAGAUCUCCGUUCUCCCUCUUUCCGAGAGUUCCAAGUGAGUGUGUGCUCGUUUUCCUCGUGCAGUGGCUCGGCAGGAAGGGUAUUUUCGUCAGUGAAACAAAAUCUGCCCAAAAAAUUACGAACUAUUUCGAAAACGUUUUGUUCGAAUAAAAAAAAACAACCCAACUAAAUGAAAGAAAAACUUACCAAGGUCUUCCUUUAGAUGGGAAUUCUCUUUAUUUAUGUUUAUUUCUCCAAUUUCAAACGAUGGGAAAAUGCUUGCUUCUCAAGACCUGUGUGCCCCUGUGUCCACAACCAACUUUAGGUCCGUUUUUUAAAGACAAUUUGGGAUGACCAUUUUGCUCUUAGAAUAACAAUACCCACAUUUUCAAGAUAAUUUGGCAAAAGUUUCUAACGAGUCUGUUUCCUCAGACCCAAUAUAUAGCUCAGUUAUCAUUCGGAUUCGUUACACAAUAACCUUAUUGAAAACUACAAUGAGAAUGACAAAAAAUUCAGUAAUUCAUUUGAUAGGGAAAAAAUGUGGGCAAACAAUGAGGCAAAUAAUACAUUGCACCAUCCCACGGACCCGAUAUUUUUAUAAAUUGUGGCAGGGCAACCUGAGUAAUAAUAUGUCAUUGUAUUUCUGGAAGAUGGGUCAGUUUGAGCCCCAUGGCAUGAAAUGGCGGGUCAGUCUUCCUGCUGAAAUAGGUGUCCUCAAAAAAGUUCAUUCAUGAUAAUCUUGUGUUGAAAAAAAUGGUGGUUUUGAGUUGAAAACUUUGUUCAAACAAUCGUAGUGAAGCAAAGAGCCUAUAGCGAAAUUUAUGGUCGAUCGAUCCCACGACCCACUGUCCUUUAAAACUUAUGUCGGCUGACCCUAGAUUGUAGUUUGCCUUGUUUCUCUGAGAAGAUUGGUCAGUGAGCAUGAGCCAUAAACCUCUAAUGGCUCGCCCAUGCACCCUUGGGGAUUUUAAUUGUCCCCAUAUAUUUCUGAUGCAUUGUUUGGUCCCGACAAACUCUUGAACAAACAAUAUCAUGACAAAAUUUCGCGUGCGCAUACUAAGCCAUUGGCCAUAUCAAACUGUCCUCAUCGAAGUUCAUAUCACGAUCUAAUCGUUUCCAAAAUAAAUAGUUGAAAACUCCUGCUUUUGUUGAAGCUCUUUAAAAUGGAUGUCGAAAUAUUGUCAUUAUGACAUGCGUUCGAUAUAAUCUGCUUGUCUUCCAAGGAAAAUUUUACAAUUUUGUAGUUUUCGAAAUGGUUCAUAAUCUAGCAUUGGCAAAAGGGCGAACGUUUGGAUUAGCCUUUACAAAGGACACACAAGACACUAUCUGUGGUACUUAUAUCCCUAGACAACAUGUGGUGUUUUUUUCAGGUUGCGUUUAUCACUGCCUUUUGGGCAUUCAACGCUCAAAAACACUUCAAGAAUUCAGGCCUAGCUGUUUUCAGAGAAAAAGACCCUGGUUUGAAACUACAAAGUGAAAUUGGAUGUGACCCCAGGCAAGGGUAUAUGUCUGGGUUUGUUUGGUUCUCGCUGGUAUAUUUUAUGUUUAUUUAUUUUGUAUCCUAUCUAGUCUGUUAAAGGUAUUAUGUCAUGUAUGCAUCAAAACCAAGAAAUGACCUCUGCUGUUGUAGUUGUAGUUAUCUCUAAGCACAAUCGGAAAUUUUGAAUUGUUAAAGGGACAACUUGGGUGUGGGAUUUUGUAGCCAAUAAUGUGCCUGCUCAUCACUAUGUGCCGCCACAUGUACUAUUACAAUUUCAAUGAUCCUGUGAUGCCCUAAUUGUCCCUUUAAACUAUGUGAAUGUUGUUGAAAUGAAGAUGUGUUCUGGUAAUAAUCCUACUUUUCAAAACCCAGUUAUUCAUUUCCCUGUUAUUGAAUCAGCCUGUACCAUGUGCCUUAAUAUAAAUGUCCCGUGUUUUUAUUCUGUGUUUUAUGGCAAAGUGACAAAAAAUAUAUGCCAUACAUGUAGCUGGGAGGAAUGAUGUGAAAAUAAAACGUAGCCUUGAUUUCAUUGCUGGCCUUGGCUCGAUCAAAUGGGGUUAGAGAUAAAACUAAUAUAUGAUCUUAGUCAGGCUGCAAAGGUUGUGAAGAAUAGUAGUUGUAUAGAUUUUUUGAAAGUUUGAAAUAAAAAUGUCCAAAUAA